AUGCAAUUCGUUCACGUAAUAACUGUUCUAGUGAUCUGCAAUGUGGCAACAGCUAACAAACAGGAUACUCUUAAAGGAUUUGGAUUUGAACUACUGCAGACACAGUUGGCAGCGUUCGAAGCACGAAUGCAAAAACAGCUAGAUGGCAUACAGGAUUACGUGUCCAACACGACCAUGAAUAGAAAUUCAGGUGUAUAUUUUGUGAAUCUCACUCCGGCUCUCGAAACAUCAUUUAAAGUGUAUCGCGAUGGUACCAACAAUCAUGGAUUCGGUAGUAAUUGGACCGUCUUCCAGAGGAGAUUUGAUGGUUCGGUUGAUUUUAAUCGUAAUUGGACAGAAUACAAGCACGGAUUCGGUGACAUUCAACGCGAGCAUUGGCUGGGUUUGGAUAAGCUCAAGUCAAUACUGGACACCGAACGUCACGAACUGCUGAUUGUAAUGGAAGACUUUGAAGGAGUGACAGCGUUCGCUAAGUAUGAUAACUUCAGGAUUGCCAAUGAGUCAGAAAGGUAUGCACUACAAUCGCUUGGCACAUACACUGGCAUCGUAAGAGAUUGCUUCAGUAGUCAGUUGAGAUACAACUUUUCGACCCCCGAUCAGGAUAACUCUGGAAGAUGUGCUGAUAUAUUUAAAGGCGGUGGAUGGUAUUCUAACUGUUAUCAAAGCAAUUUGAAUGGAAUGUACCUCAAGGGUGGAAAACAAAAUAAUAAUAAAGGCAUACAUUGGUACUACUUCCGAGGCUAUCAGUACUCACUGAAGGCUACCAAGAUGAUGGUUCGACCGUAUGCCCAACGCAGCAAAACCUAAUAGUGACACUAUGUUACACUUUCUACACGUACGUCUUGAAAAUGUGU